UGAAUCUGUCAAUGUUUUUGUCGCAAAUAUCGCAUUCUUCUGUUCAGAUUUUUUUUACGAUUUAACUUCUCUGCUUUUAUAAAAGUGUACUCGGGAAUCGGGACAAUUACAAUCAAUUACGCCGAAGAAUAUUCAUUGAAAUUAAUUAAAUGUUUAUGUGAAUGCUGCAAAUUUAUUUGCUGCCCGUACAGUUCAAUUAUACGAUAAGAUUUUUGUAUCCAAAAUGGAAGAAGUUUUACGCCAUGUUUGAUUUUUUUACAAAUUUUAUUAUUUUAUAAAUAAUUACAAAUUAAUUAGAGAAACACAAACGAAAUUUUGAAUUCUGAAAAGCGUUGCAAUGGAUAAUAGUCUAAUUAUUUAUUAUCUCGUCGACGUUUUGUGAUGGAUCGAAAGUGUGCAUCAAUCAUCCAAUAGCAACAGUACCAUCAUUAGUUACGUAACGUUUUUAUUUUGAAAAAAAAAAAAAACCGGAACAAAAUGGUUGUUGAUUCGGGUCAUCGUAGUGGCAGCGGCCAUCACACCCACAAACUUCAACCGACUGGUAUGACACCGAAGGAACUAUCGGAAAAUGAUGAUUUGGCCACUUCAUUGGUACUCGAUCCAUAUCUGGGAUUCACCACACACAAAAUGAACGUCAAAUAUCGGCCGUUGAAAGCGAACCGCGAUGAAUUGAAAAGCAUCGUCGCUGAAUAUGUUCAAACGCAGAAUGGCGAACGGGCGUACAAGCAAAUCAUAAAAGGUGAAUGGAUACCGAAACAUGUGUUGAACAAGAGUAAAUUGGCACAGAAACGACUGCAGGAACACAUCUAUCGGUAUCUAAGGGUUUUCGGACAAGAUUCUGGUUUCAUGAUCGAGGCGUGUUACCGCUACUCGUUAGAGGAUCAGAAAGGAGCUAAAAUAUCAGCUACGCGUCGAUGGCUGAAAAAUGAUAAAAUUGAGUGUUUGGUCGGUUGCAUUGCCGAGUUAUCGGAGGCGGAGGAAACGAUGCUGUUGCAACCGGGUAAAAAUGAUUUCUCGGUAAUGUACAGUUGUCGAAAGAAUUGCGCACAAUUGUGGCUGGGACCAGCAGCAUACAUCAAUCACGAUUGUCGGGCAAACUGUAAAUUUGUGGCAACUGGCAGGGACACGGCUUGCGUUAAGGUAUUACGGGACAUAGAGAUCGGCGAGGAAAUUACGUGUUUCUAUGGGGAAGACUUUUUCGGCGACAGUAACAGCUACUGUGAAUGUGAAACGUGUGAACGACGAGGCACUGGAGCUUAUGCUAAAGAGCAGACAAGCGAAGAACAAAGUUCCGGUGUUGGUUAUCGCCUGCGGGAGACGGACAACCGAAUCAAUCGAAUCAAAACUAAAAGUGAGGCUACCAGAAAUACAAUGGACCGUGAAGAGCUUCGUCACGACAGCAAUAAGGUGAUGACACCGCUGACCAUGAAACAACUGCGUGAUAAAGGAAUGACCAAAUACGAUGCCGAAAUGAUCAUUGCUCAACAGCAUCGUCCAAAUGCAUUUAGUCAAUUUUCUCCUACCCAAAGCAGCGACGGCAGCACCACUGACCAUGGUCCGUCGUUGAACCGCAACAAAAUGACACCGAAUCGAAUCGAGUCGGCGGCAACGCGACGAAGUACCCGUUUGUGCAGCAUUUCAGAUAGGCCAUUUCUUAAGACACAAAAAUCGGAGUCGCCGGCAGACGAUUCGGUGACGGAUGCAGCAAUCGUAACUAAAUCACCGGUCGUGUCGUUGCGAACGCGACGUUUUCAAAAGCGUGAGGCUUCAAAAAACUUAAACGAUCAAUUAUCAAAGCCAAAUACAAAUACCACAAGAAAUGUCUCUGUGACGCUUGUUGAUGAUGCCUCGUCCUGUUCGGGUAGUACAAUAAGUGAUCAGGAGACAGCCGUCAGCGAUGGCAUAACGCCAUCGCUGUUCAACGAACGCCAAGAAGGCGCUCUGCAACAUUCGAUCGACCGUAACGGCCAUUCUGUGGUGGCAAUUCAUGACAACUUUCACGGCAUUGAUAAUGUUAACGGUAAUCUGAUUAAGGAAUUGCCAACGACACCGCUGAAGCCGUCACCAGUGCGAGCGACCAAAUUCGAUGUGUCUCAAUUUUCCAAUCAUCGUCCCAUUCUACCCACAACCGAUUUUUUCGGCUUAAACGACGUGCUGAAUGGCGGAGUCGAUCGACAGAAUCAUCGCCGGGCCAGAAAAAGUAUGCCACGCAAAUUGGACCUGAACGAACUGGCCAGCUACGCAUCCACCGAUAAAAACUUUGAGGCGGACGACGCUGACAGUCAAAGCUUGCGACCGCGUACGAUUUCGAAAAGUAUCAGCGAAUCGGAGAGCACAUCGUCGUGGGAAAAUAAGGCACCGAUGAGUGUGGAAAAGCAAGAACAAUUACUGAAAACGCCCGAACGAAGACUGAAGCUUACGUUACGGAUGAAACGCAGUCCAAUUCUAGAUGAAAUUAUUGAAUCCGGUACAAGUCUGAGUGACGGCGGCGGCAGCAGCAGUUACUACGAGCCCGAGUACGAGGUGUUUCGGUUGGAAGGCAUUGCCGAUCAUAGCGACUAUUCGGAAGACUGUUCGCCUCGUAGCAAUUCGUCGAAAAAGCGGAAAAAGCGUCACAAAUCCAAGGAUCAUCGUCGCCGCAAACAGCGUCAUCAUAACCAUGAACAUCACAAUCAUUUAGGUAACAAUACAUUUUACAAUCACCGAAUAGAUCCACAACCACAAAUGAAGAGAUUACGCUUAAUAAUUGGCAAUGAAACGCACACUAUAGACAUUCCAUCAACCACAUCAUCAUCAUCGUCGUCGACAUCGUCAUUGAGUACAUUGUCGGGUAGUAAUUGUAAUAGUAGUAAUAACUGUGGCAUAUCGCCGCCUUUGCCAUCUGUCAUCCAAUUGGAACAUAAGUCAAAUGUUAGUGGAGCGAAUAAUUUGCCAAUAAAACGUUUACCACCACUAGCUGCCAAUGGCGAUGGUUACAAUUGAUUGUGGACGACUUAAAAUAUGAAAAACAAAAAAUUUUCACUUUUCAUAUUUUCGUUGUUGUUGUUGUUCGGUCAAGUGUGUCCGGUAUGUGAGUUCAGACGAAUUAAAUUUUUUUUUUUUAAAUUUAUUCAUUAAGUGGAACCAUGCUUCGUAUUGCCUCUAUUGUGUAUCGAAUCGAUGCAGUGUGUGAGCUAAAGAAUUUUGAUUUUUUUUUAUUAUUUUCUAUUCCGUUCUUUCGUCGAACGAGCAAUUUUUGCGUAGCGUUCGUGAAGUGUGAUACAAACAACAUUUUAUAUAUUAUAAGCUGAACUCGUAGCAUGCAAACGGUUCAUAUAGAAAACGAUAGAGAGAAGGUCGCUUUGGUUUGGAAAAUUAAGGUCAAAAGGUCGCCCCCUUUUACCGCUUUCAAGUUCGUUAAUCCAAUUGGCACGGAUUGAUUUUUCGUUUUGUUUGGUAAAGGGGGAAGCGUUAUUUAUGAAUCAAUGCGACGACAAUUGUCCUUGUUUCUAGUGGAAACCAAACAGCGGCUCGUAGAUUUCAUUUUAAGAUCCAAAGUAGCUAAAAGUCCUGUGGUUUAAGUGUAACAUAGAGAAGAGAAAAGUAUGCAAACAAAAAUAUUGAUUUUGCCUGCUAUGAAUCGGUCUUUCGUUGUAAAUUAGCAUCUAAGUUUUUGUUUGUUUUACCCAGAAACGAUGAGUCCUUUCACUGAACGAAUAUUAAUUUUUUUUUUAAUCCAAAAAUCAUUUCCUGAUGGUUCGUUAUACCAAACACCAACAGUGUAUACCUCUUGAUGAUGUCUGAAAGCAAUUGGUAACACAAAAACAUUCGUAAGGAGAGACCAACAUAAUGAUUCCGUUAAAUAGAACACCCGAAAGUCACUCCGGGACACUCAAUGUAAAGAAGAAAAAAAUGUUUUUUUUGUAAGAUAAAAUAGAUUCGGCGAUUGGGGGAGAUGUCAGCGAAAAAGUGGAUAUAGAAAUCGUUUACUAAGCAAAAAAUGUUCCCACCAAAUUUGCACUCUGCGGAGUCAAAGAAGUAAAAAUCAACAACAACCAGAAAGAAAUGACGAAGACGAGAAAAAAAAAGAGAAACCAAAAGAUCGGCUUUUGUAAAACGAUUUUUUUUUAUUUAUUCAAAUUUCCUGUGCCCACUGGGCAUGAUAAAUUAUUCUACUAUAGUUUACAACCUCACAGCUGAUGUAACUUACCGAAACGGCUGCCGAAAACAUUUGCUCUCUGCUUGGGAUAUUUUUGAUCCUCUGCCAGUUUUACGUAAAAUAAUUGCGGCAAAAGAAUGAGCGAAUCCCGAAGAAACGAAACUUCUGUCUGAAUACCAGAAAUUGUUUGACAUUCUCUUAAAACAAGCAAAUUUCGUUGCCUACACACAUUUCCGUUGUUUCGGUUACAUCGCCAGUGUGGGCCGCCUAGGGUACCUUCAAUCCGCAAUUUUUCACACAUAAAACAUUCUUGUGUUUAGCUCGUUACAAAAUGUUGUUGCUGUGAAUGAAGCCCUGGAGAAUGGUUUUCUCAUGCUACAUGCGUCGAAAACCGUACUUUCUAUGUUUCAAGCACUGCUUUUGACGCCCUCAGCGUGUAACAUCCAUUACAUAGCUCGGGAUAAAAAUGAAAAGUCUCGGCUUCGCCUCCGACCAACAAAAUGCACACGAAAACUCCAAUUUUCAUCUUUUUAUCCCUAUGCCAUGUAAUAGUAUUUUACACAUUAUAGAGCUAGCUGACCACAAGUAAAUUUUACGUCUAAAAAUUGCGAGAAGUGAACACCGCUAGUGUGGCCGAAGAUUUAUCGGUAAAAUUCACAAUACUGAACGCCAUCUGAACGUUUCGGUGAUUGUCCAUCGAAUUACUGCUGAUUAGUUUUAUUUCACAUUUUAACGGGACGUGAUUGGAUGAUAGUAAACUAAUAAGGAGAAACGGUUAAAAAUGCGUCGAAUUGACCGUUUUAGUUUAGGUAAAUGUGGUACGCGGUAAUUUAUUGUAAUGUCAGACGGAAAUGUUUGUUGUUAGUUUACUUGAGAGGUGAUUUCAUUU